AUGCCCACCAUGUGGCUCACAGACAUGCAAAAGAUAGGCAUAGCCUGCUGCUCCGGUGGCGGCUUCUUCUUCAUCGGCGGUGUAAUACUCUUCUUCGAUAGAGCCAUGCUGGCAAUGGGAAACAUUUUAUUUCUCCUCGGCCUAACCCUCAUAAUCGGUCUCCAAAAGACGGCGCUCUUCUUCGCACGGCGGCAGAAAUGGAAGGGCACAGCGGCGUUUGUGGCAGGCGUUGCCCUGAUCUUACUAAGAUGGCCACUGAUCGGCUUUGUGGUUGAGCUGUACGGGAUCUUUGUGCUGUUUGGAGACUUCUUCGCCACAAUUGCUGGGUUCAUGGGGAAUGUGCCGGUGGUGGGGCCGUACAUCGCAACGGCUUUGGAAAGGAUGUCGAGUGGCGGAAGGAGGAAUGCGGACUUGCCGGUGUAA